GUCACUUUGACCUAGAUGUUCACUAACACCGUGCAGCCGAGCAUCGUUUCUCUAUUCUCUUCUACGAGUAGCGAACCUCUUUCCCUAUUUUCACAGCAGACAGAUGUGUCUCUCGCCGCAGAUUCAUUCAUCCAUUUUCUGAACGAUGCGUCCUCCCUACCAUCUCCGUCUCCACCGGCCGUUCUCUGCUCGAUGCCAGCACUCGAUGACAAUGAUGAACCAAAUAUUGGCUAUGGCCUACAUCAAACUGUCCUUCAUAUCCAAUCCCCAACUCUCCGGAUGACCUUCAUCCAGUCCCCACCUAAUACAGAUCCCAGUGACAGAGAGUUAGGUUUAAAGCAUAAAUGGCUUCAUUUGCAAAUUCGAAACGUGGGCAGGGAGUGGUCUUUUGAAAUAGGUAUCGUUGACAAGUCGGGGAGGCGCGGUGUAGUUCGCUGUUCUACAUUUCAGAAGGAACCCAAACUUGCAAUAUCUCCUGUUUCGAAUGCGCAACCGGUCCUUCAUCUGCCUCUUUCAUUUCCACAGCCCUCAUCUCGUCCCUUGACAGCAUGGUCCACAAUUACGCUCAACCUUCCGUCCUUGAUACCCCACUUUAGCACACUUGCUAGCAUGAAUCAGCUCGAUGACGACGAAGGCAGUCGUCAUGACAUUAAUCGUUCAGCGACAAAUAUCCCCUACUCACAAGUGCCAUGGGAGUUUGAAUUAUAUGGGGCUUAGAUGGAUCAUGUGGUUGCGCAGUCAUCUAUUAGAUUGCGCGAUGAUGCGAAAAGAUAUAUUAUUUAUCGUGAUUGUCCCUGUGACAGCGUCAAUCGCAAAAGCGUUGUAUAUCUGGUGCCCUUGUUCUACACCGAUGAUCAUGGACCUUAUACCCUCACGCUGCGUAUACGUGUUCCCCAUCAUCAUUCUCGAUUGUGUGACUAUGUACUGAAAUGGGCAUAAUGGCAACACGACGCCUGCCAGAUCUGCCAAUCAGGUGAGUCAAGGGAAGAGUCGCGUUCAAACUUCAGUUAGACGCUGCGCGGUAACCGUUGACCUCCUGAUACAUUUUUCAUUCGUUAUCAGAUAUGGUGCUUCUGCUGACAACUUUUUUAAAUCUUCGUCGUUGUUACCCCAAGACAGUGACGGCACAAUGUAC